AUGCCUUCGUUUGCGACCCACUCUAACGGCGCAGCCGCCAUGGAAAAGCGGGAGUUUUUGAACAACAUCCAGCAGAGAAGAGCAGAGGCCGGAAAACUUGUUGCUGGUGUAGCUGCUGCAUGCAACAGUGAGAAUUUCAAGGCACCGGUAAGAGGAAUGACUCAAAUUUAUAAAGUACUGUUUUCUGACACGCAAAAGACAUCGGGCAAGCCAUACGCCAAAUGCUGGGACUCUCAUCUCAGCAAAGAGAGCUUGUCCCGACCACUAUGCAUUUUAAAGCAAGCCGCUGGUUUGGCGGGAAACCCUGGUAUGGUAUCACUCGGAGGUGGUCUCCCAUCUAGCGAGUGCUUCCCAUUCUAUGACUGGAGUUUUCGUGUCCCGAUGCCACAGGACUUCCCAAGCAAGGAUUCAUCUGCGACGGAUUGUCCCACUACUCAAACCAUCAGCAUUGGAAAGCAUGAUGUGAAAGCUGGACUUUCCGAAUACGAUCUUUCCAUUGCCCUCAACUAUGGUCAAGCGACGGGCUCUCCCCAGAUGAUGCGCUUCAUUACAGAGCACACGGAGCUGGUUUACAACCCUCCUUACACAGAUUGGAAGGUCGCCCCGACAGUCGGAAGCACGGGUGCUCUUGAACAGACUCUUCGUAUGCUUUGCGAUCGUGAGAGGGGCGACUCUCUUCUUGUUGAAGAAUAUAGCUUUUCCACCGCGCUGGAGACAAUCCUCCCUCAAGGGAUCAAGCCCAUUGGUGUUAAAAUGGACGAUGAGGGACUCCUUCCUGGUAGUAUGGAUGAUAUUCUCAGUUCGUGGGAUCAGGAGGCACGUGGAAGCCGUAAACCGCAUGUUCUAUACACUAUUCCCUCGGGACAGAACCCUACUGGCGCAACCCAGAGCCUCCAGCGACGUCGCGAAAUCUAUGCCGUAUGCCAAAAGCAUGACAUCUUUAUUAUUGAAGAUGAGCCAUACUACUUCCUUCAGAUGCCUCCAUACCAUGAGAAGAAGGAGGAUGGUCCUGAAAUUUCCGAGGAUGUUGAAUCUUUCGUUGCCGGUCUUGUUCCAUCAUACUUGAGUCUCGAUAUUGACGGCAGAGUGUUGCGCAUGGAUUCCUUCUCAAAGGUUCUGGUGCCCGGCUCGAGAUUGGGAUGGGUCACCGCAAGUGCGCAAAUUAUUGAGCGUUUCCUUCGGCAUGCCGAGGUUGCCAACCAGGGACCCAGUGGAGUUUCACAAAUCAUGCUUUGGAAGUUGCUCGACGAGACCUGGGGCCAUGAAGGCUAUCUGAAGUGGCUGAUUUCGUUGAAGAACAGCUAUACGAAGAAGAGAGACAUGCUUCUUGAUGCUUGCGAAAAGUACCUGCCGAAAUCUGUCGUCAGUUGGAGCCCGCCCACUACAGGCAUGUUUAUUUGGUUGAAAUUAGAUCCGCUGCAGCAUCCGGAAUAUCCCGGCCUAUCAAUCGAAGACAUCGAAGGAGGAAUCUUCGACCAAGCCAUCAAGAACAACGUCCUCUGUGCUCGUGGCACUUGGUUCCGUGCUGAGCCAAACACACCUGCACAAGGUAUGUUCUUCCGUGCAACAUACGCAAGUGCAACCGAGGAGGCUAUGAACACUGCUAUCCAGCGAUUUGGCGAGGCGAUUCGUCAGUCUUACCACAUUGACCAAUGA